ACAAAAAUGUUCCGAAGAUUAGGAGAAAAAACCACGUUGUACAGAGCUGAAAGUCCAUCUCAAAAUUCAUUGGCUUCUCAUCACAAUUCGGAAGUCUCAUUGCCAUCCGUCGAUUAUUCACAAGAAGACCGUCACUCGUGUAACACUUUAAUCGGUGAUGAAUGGUCACAGAACGGAGACGUUAUCAUUCAACCACUACAAAAGCCAUCAAACACUCCAACUACACAAUAUGAACGCAUUAUUACUCGGAGAGAGAUUGCGAACACUGAAUCCGAUUUGUGUAAAAAGCUUUCCCUUAUCGUCGAUCUUGUUUCGGAUUUUGCCAACGAUGCGAAUCGGUUGUACGAGGGAGCUGAUGAACUAUUAAAAGAGCUGAGAACAAAAAUUCGGGUGUACAUUUAUUUUUUGGAUGUCGAAAUGGCGGAUGUUGAAAAGCUGUUAAGGUUCAAUGUGGAUAGAUCCACGAUUUGUGAUGAGAGAAUUGAUUGGCUUUUGCAUUUCACAAAGUGUCAUAAAGAAAUGCGUCGCGUCCUCAACGAACUCUCGGAAGAAGUUUGCGAAGAUCUUGAGUCAUGCCUAGAAAUGAGAGCCAAGGGAGUGAUCGGAAAGAAGCCAAGUUCUAUAAUUCUGUCAACACUGUCUGGAAUGAGAAAUGGAAUGAUGACUGCCUCGAAGCUUUUGGGGUGUCUGCCACGUCAAAGGGCUUAAACUUUGAAAUACUUCUGUGUGUGUUUUUUUCUGAUUUUGGAAAAAAAACUUGAUUUUUCAUAUGCAUAAUAUUAAUUUUGAAAAUGAAGUGAUUUUUUCAG